AUGGAAGAGCAGAAAGAAGGGCCCGGGCCUGCGGGGACCGGCCUGCCCCUGCCACCGCCCGGGCCUGAGCCGCGCCCCCACGCGCCCCUGCCGGCCCUGCCGCCUUCCCUCCUGGGCGCCGUGGACCCGGCCCACCUGGGGCUGCCGGAGAGCGUGGCCUCGGUCACCGUGCCCAUCCGCCUGGAUGCCCUCUCCUGCCUCCUGCACAGCGCGCUCCUCGGGGCCUGCGCCCUCCAGCAGGCCUGGCCCUCCUGCCCCUGCUCCGGGGGGUGCUGGCCCCCUCCUGGCUGCGCCACGGGUCCACCCAGGGUGCGGGGGGCUCGGGAGGUCCGGCCCAGGCCAGGCCGGGGUCGGGGCCAGCGGCGAUGGGGCCCUGGGAGGGCCGAGCCUCCAGAGAGGGGCUGGGCUGCGGGCGCAGGCGCUGCUCCCAGGAGCCCCCCCAUGAAGCCACCAUCCCCACUGGUACCGCCUAACCCGGAUGGGGAGACGGAAGCCCAAGGCCCUGAGCCAGCCGUGGACAUGGCGCCUGCAGCUGAGGACUGGGAGACAGAGUAUUAGGACCCCGUGUCCAGCAAGGCUGGGCCCCGCAAGGCUCCCCGGGAGGAUUCUUGGAGCCCUGUGUCAUUGCAGCCUUCUCAGAGAUACCCCAAGAAACAACCCACCCCCAUUCCUCUUCCCCCAAAACCUCAGGAAGGGGCCGUGUGGUCACCUGGUGAGACCCCCAGUGAUUCAAGAUCCCAAGUCAGAAAAGAGCCCUGAACCCCAAAGCCGUGCCAGAACCCAGGCCUCGCCCUGUUGCGGACACCCUCUCCGCCACAGGGAUAGCACACCUCACCCCCAGCCCUGGUGCGCCCCCGGCCCUGCUCCACCCCAGCCUCGUCCCUAAACCAGAGCUCUGGCCAAGGCUCUGCAGGCCCCACGCAGGCCACUCCAGGUGCAGUGUCCUUCCCAGUCACCCCUCCCCACCCCCUCCCAGCUUCUUCACCCGCGCCCCAGCCACCCGAGCCAAGCCCACCCUCAUCCCAGCUCCACCUCCCUGCAGCCCCAAACCCAGCCCCGCUCCCCCACAGCCCGCACCAUCCAGAGCCCAAGCUGUCCAGACCCCCGCAGCCCCUGCCCGUUUCCUGUCCUGUGUGAAUAAUAAA